AUGGACUCCAACGAGAAGAUCCUCCAAAACAUGCGCGAGGUCGUCGGUUGCACUGGUCUCCGCAACUUCACCGAUCUCCGUCGCAUGCGCCAAGACACCCUCGAGAAGCGCAUGACUGCUGCGUCUCCAAACCUCUCCACCGACAGCAUGGUGUCCAUCUACGCUUCUUGGAUGGUCGGCCAAGCUCUUGAUCUUACCGGCGUCAAAAAGAAGGAAACCAUCUUCCGUUGGAUGGGGUAUAUAUCCCACGCAGGAUGUGGUCAGUCCAAGGCAGAAUGCGUGUGGGAUGCCUGUGUUGACGAAGUGCUCGACUGUACGAGGCACGAGGAGGUUGGUUUCGUCAUGGAUCAGAUGGAUGAGGUCAGGGACAUCAUGUCUUGUUACUACCCCCGACCAUUUGAGUACAGUGGCAGCAAGGAAUUUCCCAUCGUGGGCCUCGACACGCCUGUUGCCAAGGCACUCGACACAACACCAUCGCCCAAGGCCCGAAGCCAGCUUUCCGAGUCACCACCACUCUCACUCAAGAGAAAGAACAUAUUCUCCCUGACACUCGCCUUGAGGGGGAAUUCUCACAAUCCUCCAGCGGAAACGACAAGCCCCGAGUUUGUAAAUCUUGGUCGUCUGAGCGGCACCAUUUCUCCAGUCCCAAAGAACUACCCCUGCAAAGGAUGCGGUACCAAAGGUCACCUUGUCAAGGACUGCCCCGAAAACCCGGGCCCUGCUUUUGAUCUUCCACCCGACGCAGACUAUGUCUGCCACCUUUGCGGUGCCGAGGGAGAUCACUACAUCUACAGCUGCUACAAGUACAAUUACAAGUCAGCGUCGGCCACCCCCCCUAGCCGAAAGCGCCCCGCAGCAGUGGAUGACGACGACGAGGUGCCUCGUCGGAUUUUCAGCCGAGAAGCCCGAGAGGGAAGGCUCUCGCCUUGGGAGGGUUCGAGCAACCACGACUUCAAGUCUAGUGCAGAGUCAAGCCCCAGCAUCAAAGGGGCUGAGAAGAAAGCUGUCAAACCCCAGUACCCAAAAGACAACAAAAGACAAAAGACUGAUGGAGGCAUGGAGGCAUAUGGCUUGACGGAUCAUACUCAAGCUGUAUUGGCCAACUCUGAGGGGUUUGGCUCAUCCGCACCAUACUACGAAGACUCGCUCAACGGUAACUUGUACUCCCCAACAACGCCGGUCAUUGAGGUUUGCCGGUACUCAAACCCGGACUUUAGUUCAUCGGCUUCGGAACAAGACCCAACCACGCCGCCCCAGGAGUACGUGACUGAGAAGAAGGUCGAAUAUCCACCUUACGAUGCGGCCGUCGUGGACCUUUUCGACUCUCGGGACAACACUUGGGUCAACACAUGUUCGCGGCCAACAGCACUUGAGAUGUGGGAUGUGAAGGAAGGCGGAGAAGAGAAUGAAGAGGAGAAUGGUCAGGAGAAUGGUCAGGAGUUUGGAUGCGAGAAUGGAUACGAGCAUGGAGAGGAGUGUGGAGAGGACGAGUGA